AUGGAGAGGAUAGACAAGCAGUGCGAACAACAGCUGCUUGAAGAGAGAUUGCUCGCAAUUGAACGAUGUGAGCAACGCCGUAUGGCCGAAAAGAAACGGCUGCUGGAAGAAUCUAUGCGUCCGACUACAAGCAGUCCAAAGCCGCGUGUUGAACCAUAUAGACCGGCCGUUAGUUUUGUGCCUGUUAAGCCGGCAGAAACUACACGACAAUCGGCAUAUAACAAUACAACUAGUUUUCCGACGUUUAGUCAGUGCCAGAUCUCGGCGAGAAAGUGCACGAGCAAAGAGCUUCCAGCAUUCAGUGGCAACCCGAAGGAGUGGAUGGCCUUCAUAUCGUAUUACGAGCACUCCACUGCGAUAUGCGGCUAUACCAACGGAGAGAACAUGCUGCGGCUACAAGCGUGUUUGAAAGGGAAGGCGCGUGAAGCAGUUGCCAGCUGUUUGUUAUAUCCUGACAGCGUUCCGGAGGCCAUCGAGAUCCUGAAAGAGUGUUAUGGACGUCCCGAACUAGUGGUGAACACGCUGAUGGCCAACAUAAGACGCACGCCGCCUAUAAAGGACGACAGCUUCGACACGUUGGUGGAUUAUGGUGUGGCUGUGCGGAAUUUCUGCGCAUCUAUUACGGGUUCCGGACUGCACAACUACUUUGAUGGAGGACCGCUGUUAGAGGAGCUCGUGGACAAGCUGCCGCCGUACGUGAGGCUGAACUGGUAUUACUACCAAAACGGUCAUACGCACGUCACUUUGGCGACAUUCAACGAAUGGACGAAGGAGCUAGUGCGCGCUGCCAGCAGAGGGGUCAAGCAUACUACCGGUCAUAAGGAUGUAAAAACUGACAAUAGCCAUCGUCAGCACGACCGUAAGUACGCUCACCAAAACGUUCAUUCCACAGGUCCAGUAAUAAAACCAGCAGCCAAACCAACAGUGGCUGAGUGUGAUACUAAGCGUUGCGAUGGAUGUCAGGAGAGUGGCCAUGAAUUGUCCGAUUGCAGUAAACUCCAGAGCAUGAGUGUCAGUUCUCGUUGGACACUUAUUAAGCGUGAAGGUAUUUGCAGGACGUGUCUUCGCAAACAUCAAGGUUCUUGCACGGUUGACACGUUAUGUGGAGUAAGUGGAUGCGAACGUCGGCAUCAUCGAUUGCUGCACUCAGCGAACAGCAACCAGUUCCAUCCUGGCGCCCGACAGGAAGCAGGUCGGGUUAAUACUAACUGCAACGUGCACGAUGCUGCAUCCGGAGGUGUGAUGCUGAAGUAUGUUCCGGUUACGCUUCACGGUAAUGGUACGAAGGUUGACACCAUCGCACUUCUCGACGACGGAUCCUCGGCCACUUUCAUGGAGGAUGAUCUGCUCAGAGAGCUGGGGAUUAGUGGCAAACCUCGCCCUUUGUGUAUAUCGUGGACCGGGAACCAGACCAGAGUCGAGGACGAAUCAGUGGAAUUAUCCGUGAAGAUAUCCGGCACCGGGGCAUCCAAUGUGUACGACAUGCCUGCGGUACAUACUGUUCGUACUCUCGGGCUGACAAGAGUGAAGACCACGAUGAACGGCACUGAUUCGGAAAGCAACAACGUACCCAUCGAAAUGGAAAUGGCUACAGAAAAGGUGCUUGGCAUGUGGUGGAACACGGAGACGGAUGUGUUCACCUUUAAAAUCUCCAAACGAUACGAUCCGCAACUGAUAUUCGACGAGGUCUGGCGUACUAAGAUCAUGUGGGACGAAGAAAUCGUUGGUAUCUUGCUUGAGAAGUGGCACGUGUAG